CACUUGAACUCAAGAAAUUAGUCCCAUAAUUAAACUAUAUUCACUAUAAAAGAUGUUGGCCCGUUAGAUCAUGACACUGUACCUUUCAAAGCUUGACAAAGAACUUAUUUCUACAGCACAACUUGUGAGACUUCUAGAAGAUGCGCAGCUUAAUUCUUGCCGUAGUCAUAAAUAUUGCCUUUGGGUCAGUGAUGUCCUUCACAAGACACCCGAGAGCUGCUGAAACUGAGGAUGACCUUGCCAGGCGCGCUCUCCUUGGCGGUCUGCUCGGGAACGUCCUCGGCGGCUCUGUAAGUGAUGUGGUCAACCAAGCGGAAGCACUUCCUCAAAAUCUGCAGCAAAAUCCUUUGGGAACAGUGACAAAUGCUGUGGGUAGUCUUCCCCUGGUAGGCGGCCUAGCAAGCAAUCUUCUGAACACUGCCACAGGUGUGGCUGGAGGUCUUCCACUUGUUGGGGGACUGACCAAGAGUUUGUUGAACAACCCGUUGGGCACAGUAAGGGGAGUAGCCGGCGGACUUCCAGUCAUUGGUGGCGUCGCUAGUAAUUUACUGGGUACUGCUCAAGGCCUAACUGACCAGAGAGGUCCAGUUCUAGGACUUUUGAAUGGCCUGCUGGGCAAUGUACUAUAACCUUAUCACCUCAGAAACGUAGUAUUGUUAUUACCAGAUGAUGUGUAUUGAAUAUAAACGAUACCUUG